GCUGCAGAGAGGUGCUUGUCAGACCAGUUUUUAGUCACAGUAUAUUUGCAAAUUAACAUAUUUGGGAAGCCCUCAGAGCCAGAAAUUCAGGCUUCAGAUGCCGGAUUUGGUUUUGAGAAAAGUGUAACAAUAAGUUCUUAUAAAACAGAUUUUUAAACAGAAAUGUUGGACUGAUUUUAUAAAUCUCACAGGAGCCGAAGAAGAAAUUGUGUUUGAGCUCAUCACUGGAAGGAUAAAACAGCUCGCCACAGUCUGCAGCUGUGAGGCUUCAGAGUCUGGACCAUGUUCUCCUCUGCCACCCCGUACAAGAACCAGCACUACACCGAACUAAAGAAGGACUGUAUUGAGGACAAGAAACUGUUUGAGGAUCCAGAGUUCCCAGCGACCAAUGCAUCGCUGUAUUUUAGGAAACCGCCCCCUGGUCUUGUGGAGUGGAAACGGCCAGGGGAGAUAAGCAAUGACCCCCAUCUUUUUGUGGAGGGCAUCAGCUCCCAUGACCUGAACCAGGGGGUUGUGGGAAACUGCUGGUUUGUUGCUGCCUGCUCCUGUCUGGCCUUGAAGCCACACCUCUGGAAGAAGGUAAUUCCUGACUAUAAGGAGCAGGAAUGGGAUCCAAAGCACCCAGAAAACUACGCUGGAAUCUUCCAUUUCCAGUUUUGGGUGUUUGGUGAGUGGGUGGAUGUGGUGGUGGAUGACCGGCUGCCUACAAUCAAUGGAGAGCUCAUCUACUGCCACUCGAAAGACAACAACGAAUUCUGGAGCGCUCUGCUGGAGAAGGCCUACGCUAAGCUCGCUGGCUGUUAUGAGUCCCUGGAGGGGGGAAACACCGGAGAUGCUGUGGUGGACUUCAGUGGAGCUGUGUCUGAAGCCAUCAACCUGGAGGCUGAAGCUUACUAUAAGGACCAGCAGAAGGAAGACCAGCUGUUUGAGGAUCUACUGAAGGUCUAUGACCGUGGAGGAAUCAUAAGCUGCUCCAUUAAGGCACAGCCUCAUGAAAUUGAGCUGAAGAUGGCGAACGGGCUGGUGAAAGGUCAUGCAUACUCUGUAACUGCAGUGAAGAAGGUGCGUCUGGGUCACGGUCUGCUGGCCUACUUUAGGAACGAAACCAUUCCUCUGAUCCGCAUGAGGAACCCCUGGGGCAAAACUGAAUGGAAAGGACCCUGGAGUGACAGCUCUGAAGAAUGGUCGAAGGUUGGAGAUACGGAGAGAGGCAACCUUGGCAUCACAGUGGAGGAUGAUGGGGAGUUCUGGAUGUCAUUCACAGACUGGUGCAAGUUCUUCACAGAUGCAGAUGUCUGCCGUAUCAUCAAUACUUCCCUGAUCAGUAUUCAUAAGACAUGGCAUGAGGUUGUGCACUUUGGGAGCUGGACCAAAAACGCAGAGCCGCUGUUAAACCGCUGCGGUGGCUGUGCGAACCACAAGCAGACAUUCCUGCAGAACCCACAGUACUUGUUUGAUGUUACAAAGGAGGUCGAUGAGGUCCUAAUCUCCUUGCAACAGAGAGACAUGAAGAUCCACAGAAAAGUCGGUCAAGGAGAAAAUCUAACCAUUGGCUAUGGGGUCUUCAAGGUGGAACUGAACAGGAAGUACCGGAUGCAUGACAUCCUGACCCAACAGUGUGUGCAGACGUCCACCUACAUCAACGCUCGCACGGUCUUUAUGAGAUGCUUGCUCCCACAGGGCCGCUAUGUCAUCAUUCCCACCACCUUCAGGCCCCAGACGCUGGGGGAUUACAUGAUCCGAGUUUUCACAGAUGUGGACUCAGGCUGCAGGGAGUUGACAGAAGAUAAGCCGAGGGUAAGAUGCUGGAGUUCGUUCCUUGGAUACCCACAAGUUGUGUCUCAUGUCUAUGUCCAUGGAGCUGAGGGGCUGCAGAACCAGGACAGUACAGGAGGUGCAGACCCAUAUGUGAUCAUUUCCUGUGAGGGCCGCUCAGUGAAAUCCAUCAUCAAGAAGGACACCUUGCAGCCAGAGUUUGCAACCAGUGGAAUUUUCUACAGGAAGAAGCCCAGAAAGCCCGUAACUGUGGAGGUGUGGAACAGCAAUGCCGUGAAGGACGAGUUUAUGGGUCAGGUUGUGUUGGCCGGGUCCGUGAAGGACACCACUAACCCUCAGAGGCUUCAGCUGAGGAAGCGUGGACGGCAGAUGUCUGAUGAGAUGCCCGGCACCAUCAGUCUGAGGAUCAUCACCUCCACUCAGCUGACCACCAUCUGACCUCGUCUGUGACCUGAGGGAGGGCUGGAUCUGCGUCAGUGCAGAUUUGUAACGGUGAACAUCGUGUCAAACUUACCUGACGUGUGCCAUUAACAGAGCACCAACACCAGGAGUGGUUGUUCUCCACCACUGGAUGUCCUUGCUUGUGUGUGAACUGAAAUUUACAUCGUUAAUUGCACAAUGGUGAAUUAUUUUUAAAGAAGUGAGUAGGGCGCUUUUGGACAGACUGAAUGUCAACUCCUGUUGUAUUGAUCCGGAGGUUUAAUCUUUAAAAUCUUUUAAAAACAUUUUGUGUAAAUUAUAAAAUAUUUUUAUAUUGACAUUUUGCAAGUUGUGUGUAACGACACAAGAUUUUACACUAUAGAUACUGUGAGUGAUGUGGCAGGAAUAUGUCAUUCAAAUCUUAACCAAACUUUAGUUAAUUUUGUCCUCUAUAGUCACAUUUAUGCAGAAAAACUUACCGCAUGUAUGAUACAUAAUUCAUGUAUCAUUCAUUUCUUUAAUGCACCUACUGCUGCUUUCCUCAGUCAAUUCAUAUCAUCAUAUUUUAUUCCUGUGAUUAUAAAGAAAACGCAAAACCCUGAAUGGCAUAAAGAAUUAAAAGACGUUCAACCUUU